CGCCUGGUGGUGCCCCAGUCCGGGUGGGGUACAGCACCAGCUCCCUGCACCCCCAGGGCUGGGGCUCUUCUGCAGGGUCCAGGAGGGACGCAGCAGCCCAGGGCACCUCCUCAGUCGCUGUCCCGGUGCAGGCGGGCGAGGCUGGGAGGCUCCGUCACUCUGGGAAGAAGCCCAGCGCACGGGGGAGCAUCCCCCGAGGAUGGACAUGCCGGGAUUGGCUGGGGGAAGCUGACGGAUCUAGUGGGACCAGCUACAAGGGAUCCAGCGGGAUCAGCUGGGGAUCCCCCAGUCGCCCCGUGGGACACGGACUCGUAGUUCCCUCACCCGCUGCUGGGAAUGGAGCCAGACGCUGCCCAGCCCCCCUGCCCGGGACCUGGCCAACCACGGCCUAGGAGCUGGGCCACCACCGCCAGGCCUUGGCGAGCUGGGAGCUGUGACGUCCUGCGGGGGCCGGGGCCCUCUCCGCUUUUCCGAGUGAGGCCCCUGCAGGAGGCGUCGGCCCAGAGGGCCCUUGGCCUCCCGAGCCUCGGCCUGCAGGAGCGGAUCAGGUUCUUCCAGAAGAGCUCGGCCGCAAGCGAGGAACCCGGCCCCCGGCCCCCCAGCCCCAGGGCCUGGGGGCCGAGGCCCAGUGGAAGGGACUGGCCGCCCCGCAGGAGUGAGGAGAGAGUCCCGUCCAGCAGGGGCCCAGCCCUGCGUCCCAGCAGCGCCGGGCCCCCUGCCCAGAGGGAGCGGAUGGAGCCAGCUGGGGAGACACGGCCUCCCCCCGGCGGGGGCAGGGGCAGGGGCCCCAGCGUGGGGCCAGGCUGCUCCGUCAGGGAGCAGGUUCGCUCCUUCGAGCUGCGCUUCGGGGCGAGCCAGGCUCCCUGUGCGGCUGCCGCCCCCCGGGGCAGGGGCAGGCUGACGGGGGCCCCAGCAGCCGGGCCCCAGCAAAGCCGGGCAGCCUGGGGCAGGGAGCAGGAACCACGGCCCCCCGGGAAAGGGCAACGACUCUCAGCCCUGCCAGCCAGGCUGUGCCCGCCCCAGCCGGAGCCACCAGCCCCUGAGCAGCCCCAGGGUGUCAGGAGGGCCGGAGCUGGAGCCCUGGGGCUGCCCCAGCCCCCCACAGACACCGGCAGACCCGAGGCGGCCCAGGGGGAAGGUCCAGCUGGUGAGGGGCUGCCAGGGGUCAGGCCUGCUGGGGGGCCAUGCCAGAGUCACCUGCCCAGGUGCAGCCCCCUGACAUCCUCCCCGCUCCCCGCAGAGGGCAGGGCCUCAGAGCCGCCCACGGCCCUGCCCCCCGCCCCCUGGGGCCUGGGGGAGUCCGACGGGGACGACUCUGACUCCACAGAGUCCUCACUCACCGCCCCCAGUGAGCAGAGCCAGCCCGACGGCCGGAGCUUCGCCCUCAGUGUGGCCGAGCUGAGGGAGUUUGGCCUGGACGAGGGACACUCGGCGUCACUGAACUCCAGCCUGUCCGGCCUGUCCAUGGUGUCCCUGAUCUCAGCCCAAGACCUGGAGCAGCUGCUGGAGGAGGUGAAGGGCCUGGGAGACGAGAGCCAGCAGCACCUCCAGGAGAUCCAGGUGGUCGUGCUGCACAAGGACGAGGGGGCCGGGCUGGGCUUCAGCCUCGCAGGGGGGAGCGACCAGCACAAGAGGGUGACGAUCCAACGCGUCUUUGCCGGCGGCCUGGCCUCCCAGAAGGGCACCAUCCAGCCAGGGGAUGAAGUUCUCUCCAUCAACGGACACUCGCUGACGGGCUGCAGCCACGCGGAGGCGCUGCGAACGCUGCACCGGGCCCGGACCGCCCGGCAGGCCAUUGUGGUGCUGCGGAAGGGGGGAGUGGAUGGGCUCCCCAACGGCUCCCUCCCAGCGCCGGGCCCACAGCCUCCUCCAUCAGCACCAGACACCAUGGUGAGGUCCCUGCAGCUGGUGAAAGACUCCAACGGACUCGGAUUCAGCCUGGACGGGGGACGGGGGUCGCUGCAGGGGGACAGGCCACUAACCGUCCAGAAGAUCUUCCAGGGGGGCCCCAAGGACCUGCUGCAGCCUGGGGACGAGGUGCUCCAGAUCGGGGAGAGGAGCCUGCAGGGGCUGAUGCGGCUCGAGGCCUGGCAGCUCAUCAGGGCCCUGCCCAUGGGACCCGUCCAGCUCCUCGUGCGAAAGAAGGGAAAGCCCUGACAGCCGUGAGAUCUGCACCCAAACUGGACUUAGCCCCCAUCAGCGCUGGUGUCUCCAGAUGGCUGGGCAGACACAUGCCUCCCGCAGCGCCAGCACAGAGAUGGGUUUCUCUGCGGGGGCCUUGUUUCCUGGGCCUCAGUUUCUCUCUCCAUACAAUGGGGAACAUAAUCCUG